UAUUAUGAUAAAUCACAGCAACGAAUUCGUCAUAAUUAGAACAUAACAUUGCGUCGGUUUUGAAAGUUGGGUACAUAAUUUUUAGGACAGCAAAAAUGAUCAAUUCUUGUAUCAAGAUAUUGUGUUUAUAUAUAUUUUUUAAUAACUUACACCAAACAGAUGGUGUUUGUGAUAGUUCUAGUGAAACCUGUAACGAAUGUUUUACAAAUAAUGAACCUCAAGAUCAAUGUGGAUGGUGCAAACAAAUGAAUUUUACCCAAGCUCGAUGUGGGAGGAUAAGUGAACUACAGACAAGUGGGUGUCCUAGAGAUAGAAUCGAAGUGAAAGACGCCGGUUUAGGCACCACAUUACGACGAAAUGAAGAUUUAUCUCCCCUGAUCCCAAUAAGACCACAGUCUGCACUAACGAUUAUUCCUGUCAAUUCAGCGAGAAGUAUUCAAUUUGAAAUGCGAGCCGUGAAGAGAUGGUUAACCUUCAGAGUGUCUAAUCCAAGGAACAUCCAGGUAGAAGUUACGUCAUCAUGUAGCAGAUUUCGUUGGCGGAACAAUGGACGAGGCCGAUGUUCUCGACUUACAGUUGGACAAACGGUAAAUUUUAGUCUUAUUCUCAGAACAGAAGACUGUGGCACAUCGGGAAGGGUGAUAGUAUCCAUACCUCGAAGUAGUCAGAAGUUUGUAGUUGACGUCGAAUCGUUGUGUGGUUGUGAGUGUUCGAAACGAGUGACAUAUGGGGCACCUCAAUGUAGUACAAAUGGUAAUUUAGUGUGUGGUCAGUGUGAAUGUAACGAGGGAUAUGUGGGUAGAUACUGUUUUUGUCAUGAAAUGGAAGAUAAUCCAGAAAGAUGUCGAGAACGACCUGGUGGUGCUAUUUGUAGCAAUAGAGGUAGUUGCACAUGUGGGUUCUGUGGUUGUGGAUCACGUGCUCCUGGCGCGGAUUUAUUUUAUGGCCGAUUUUGUGAAUGUGAUGAUUACAGUUGUUCUUAUUUCAAUGGUCGAAUAUGUGGAGGACCCGAAAGAGGAAAUUGUCGUUGUGGAAGAUGUGUAUGUAAUUCUGGUUAUUCUGGUGAAAUGUGUGAAUUAGUUACUUCUAGUUCUACUGCAAGUUGUCGAGCACUUAAUGGUGAAAUUUGUAACGGUAAAGGUGAUUGCAUUUAUGGCCGCUGUAGAUGUAGUUCCGUAUACAUGGGACCAACUUGUGAAGAUUGUCCAACAUGUAACGGGCAAUGUGCUGUGUUGAAAGAUUGUGUAAGAUGCACCAUCUUUAGAUCGGGUCCAUUAAGCGAUGAACAAUGUUACAGACAAUGUCGUAUAUAUGGUAUUCAACCUGUCGACGCUGUUAAUGAAUAUGACCCGGCUAUGAAACUGUGCAUGUUUGUAGAUGACGAUUCCUGUCAAUACAGGUUUGUGUAUGGUCUUGAUGAAGAUGGGGAACUGGUAGUUAGUGCAGGAAGAACAAAGAUCUGCCCUAGAUCAGCUUAAGAAGAGACGAAAAGGCAGUUGGAAAAAAUCUAAAUAUUAAUACUUAAAAUGAAUCUUUUGCUAAGAAUAGCAGAUAUAGAUUAAGUUACUUUUGUCAGAAAAUUCAUAUAUAUUUAUUUCUUAUAUUUCCAAGCCCAUAUAAUAAAUCGUUUAAUUCUCUCAUUUACUAGUCAGAAUAAAUAAAUUUUUCAAAUUA